UUGAUUCACGUGUGACAAUUUUUAGUUUGAAAACAAAUCUUCGGCAAAGGAGGGUUGCUAAUGAACGAAGAAUAAAUCAAAACAAAAUUUUGAUUGUCCAGCUAUCGUACCCAGUUGAAAUCGCCACCAUUUCUUUUGUAACUUGUUAGUAAUUUGGAAAAAUAUGUAUACUUUCCCCUUAUAACCUAAAAACUCAAGGUGGUUCCUAUGAAGUAAAAAAAUUGAAUAAAUAUAUCAGAUAACUAUUGGAUGUGGUGUAUUUAUGGUGUAUUGAAGUGAGAUCUAUAGUUCAACAAUAUUUUUGGUGUAUGAAAUGUAAAAAAUUUGAAGUUGUGUUACUUUCCAUUUUAUAACCUAAAAGGCAUGUUGCAUCUCUUUAUGUAAAUUGUUGUUCUAAGAAUUCCCUACAUUCCUCGGAUUAAGUGCAGUUUUGAUCUACAGUGCAGCAGUGUUUUUUGUGGACAUAAUCUUGAUUAUUAUGAAUAGUUUUGAUUUGUGAAUGCUAUAACCACCCAUUAUGGAGCUACAAAUGUGUUUGGAGAAGGAGCAGUUCUCCAGUUUAAACUCUCAUCAAUACUCAUACAAUUACACUAAUGAUUCUACUAAUAAUAUGGAUUCUAUACAAAGUCUUUCUGUGAGUGAUAUGUAUGCAUGGGAAAUGGAAAAUGAAAAAGAGAUAAACGGUGACUUGGCUUUAAUCCCUGAAUUGAGCGAUAAUUCUCGUGAGUCGAUGAACAAAAUUAUUGAUUCCCCUCCAACGGUAGAUUUACAUAGGUUGAUGAAUGAAUUACAGGACUUUAUUAGCAUCGAUCCGGUUAGCAUGUUGCCUAUUGAGGAUAAUUUUAUGCAUCCAUUACACGAAAACAAUGAUAGUCUCAUUCAACAAGAACACCCACAUAUGGGAGAUCCUUUUAAUAUAUCAACAAGUAGCACAUUUGAUUUAACAAAAUACUUAACGGAGGAAGAGCCCAAACCUCAACUAAUAUCCGAACAAAUUAAUAUCGCAGAGAGAAAACCUAGAGCGGGAGUUAAAAAAAUUGACCUAAAAGCUCAAAAAUAUAUCGUAAAUAAUGAUGGCGAAGAUAACAGUGACCCAGAAGAAGAAGAAGAAGAAGGAACACACUCCUUAAUUCAGGAUACGCCAGUCCUCGAGGCUUGUGACCUUUAUAGUUUACUCGAGCAGUUUGAGGCAACAGAAAUGCCAGAUUUACCAUCAGUUUUCAUGGAAGAUAAUGUUAAUUUGACUACUAGUAGUGGACGUAUUGUUAUUAAAAAAGAAAAAAGUGACGACGCCUUCUUAAAACAAGAUGGUAUAUGUUUAUCAAAUAUAACCAAAAUCGAAAAAUUAGAUGAGGAAGUAAAAGUUGAUGUAGAAAAGGUAAAAUCUGAACCCACUAUUUUUAUAAAAAAUGAAGCCAAGACGGAACUGGUUGCUGCAGAAGACAUAAAUGCCACAUUCAAACAAAUUAAAGAUAUACCACACCACCCCAUAAAAACUGAAGACAAAACACCCAUAGAGGUGACACCAAUAACACAUCAAACCGUAACACCCUCACUUGAAAAUCGCAAGAAUCAGACAAAUCGGUCACAAGAAACUGUUUCUCAUAAUACGAUUAAUACUUUAUACCCAGUCCAAGAUUCGACUACCUCUUCAACAGAAUCUGUGCAUGUCCAGAACAGAAAGGUACUCAACGAAUUACCUCAAGAUCUCAUUUCUCGUAUUAAAGAGUCCAGAAAACGUAAAACGAUAGCCGUGAUACCACCGAUUCCUAAUAAAAAACGCGGAGGUCCGAAGGUGCAGGAAAACACUAUCCAAGUCAUUCCAAAUAAGUCACUAAAGGUAGAAACAGUAAAUAGCAUUAGUUUAGACCAUGAUUAUUGCUCCAAGCCUUACCACGAACAGCCUAAAAGAGAACAGACUUUCACUACUAUAGAAGACGAUGAACGUGCUAUAAUGAUGAAACAGCCAAUGGUUAAAAAUGCCGAUGGAAAAUUAAUGGUUUCUCUGUUAAAGGUGAACACUAUACACGGUAACGAUAUGUGCCAAAAGAAGAAAUUAGAUAUCGAGGAGUACAAAAAACGAAGGGAAGGCAAGAUAAAACUCCAAGGUUCUCAAAAUAAUUCGGCGAGCAGCAGUUCUUGCAGUUCCCCCGUACCAGAAGACGAAAACACGAGAAUUUUGAAGCAUCAAGAGAAAUUGAUGAGGAUGGCCAUGGAGGUGUUAAACACACGUCCCAAAUCAGAAAAGAAACAGAACCCAAGUCUGCCAGUGGUACCUCCUACUGAAACUCAGAUACCUUCCGAUAUAGAGAAAAAGACGUUUGUGAGCAUCGGUGUCAACACCGAAUUUAAAAUAUAUAAAAAUCUAGAUCCCGUCACACCUGUUCAGCAGUUAGAAGAGAUCAAACCUCUCUUGGAAAAGGCUAGCGACAAAUUUAAUUGCAAUUCUCUCAUAACAUCCCUGAUAGAAAACAUACCGAAAGUUAUAAAUAAUAGUUUGGAUGUUGACGUAAAGAAAACGAGUUCCAGCACUGAACAUGGCGAGGACAAGACGAUAGUUUACUUACCUAAAAAUAGAAUACCCAUAAAGACUAACACCGUUGAAGUUCAGACAAAUAUCUCCCUUAUUCAACAAACAAAAGAGAGCAGAUAUAGGAGAAGGAGAGACUCCUCCAGCAGCUCUUCCUCCAGCACAAGUAAAAAUAGUAAACGAUCCUCUCACUACAGCAGGAGGCGCAAGAAUUCAGAUUGCUCCUGUAGUAGUUCUAAGAGUUCUAAAAGCUCCUACUACACCUCGAGGUCACGUUCUAGAUCGAGGUCCAGGUCCCGAACCCCUCCGAGGUACGCCCACUGGGAACAGGAACGGUUCCGGGAAGUGGAAGAACGUCGUGUUGUGUACGUCGGUCGUAUCUCUAGUAAUACCACCAGAGAACAACUAAGAGAGCGAUUUGAGCGGUUCGGUCCGAUAACCAACAUCAGCCUGCAUUUCCGGGACCAUGGGUACUUAGACAAUUAUGGAUUUGUCACGUUCGCAAAUCAGUAUGAUGCCUUCGAGGCGAUAGAACAUGCUAACGAUGAUCCAUACCAUCCCAAGUACGACUUGAGUUUUGGUGGUCGCAGGCAGUUCUGUAUAACGUCUUAUUCCGAUCUGGACAAUAUGCGAGAUGAAACCACUUACUACCCUGUCCCCGCGGUGGAGGAUUCUUUCGAUGCGCUGUUGAAGGAAGCACAGGAGAAGCUGCGCCGUCGCAAAUUUUGACGUUUGUUAAAGACACCCCAAGUUUUAGACCAAAUUAUGCAUUUCCGUUUCCCCAUAAGAACAGAAUCACCGUUUGAGUUCCUUAUUUAUUUUUGUACAUAUUUGAUAAUAAUUUAUUCGCGAUUUAGUUAAGGAUGGCAGAUUCCCUUGGAGUAUACGGCAGUGAAAUUUCGCAGGAAAUUUUGGGCGUGCUCGGGAACAGGAGUUUUCUCCGAGUACUAGUACGGGUAAGAAAAAUCUGAAUCUUUGUUGUAUAUAUUAUUACCUAUAUAUUAUGCAAGUUAUUUAAUUGGUUAUUGGUAGGAUAGAUUAGUAUGUAUCGCCUAAAAUUCAUAUUUUUGUUUGAAUGGCCAAUUUUGUAUUGUACAUAAUUGUAAUGAAGAAACAUUGGAUGUAAAUGCGGCUUGCAGUUCUUACUUUUUGCUUUUAUUCAUGAAAUAGUUUUAUGUGAAAAUGUGGCAGCUACAUUACUAUUUUCAAGUUUUGUUACUUACAAUUAGAGUUGUAAAUUUAUAAAAUUAUAUAACAUAACCUAAUUACUGUUGGUUGUCAAAAUUAUGUCCUACAGCUGUCAAAAUUAAUAGUACCAACUGUUAAUUUGCAAUGCCAACUGUAAUUUUAUAUUGAAUUGUAAUUGUUUCAGUGAACAGCUAGCUAUUAGUUAUGAAAUAAAGCAAAAUACUGAAAUAAAUUGUCCACACAUGUUGGUAGGUUAUAUAUAACUUUAUGAAAUAACAAAUGUUUCUUCAUGUAUGUGUUUUCAACACUUCAUUAUUAAAAUUGUGAUACUUGAAUUAACUUUUUGUACAUUCUCAGCAUUUCUUUAUUGUAUGAUAUCAUAUCGAGUUCUUUAAUUUUUUGUAAGUAAUUAUCAUAUAUAUAUUAAUAACAAAUCAUUUUUUGUAAGUUUCAGUAGUUUCUCGUCAGAUGAUAUUUAAAACAGUUCUUCCGUAUAUACUUUUAGGACGUUUUAAUAACAUUUGAAUUCACCUUUACCUAUUUCGUUUAUUCCUUUCAUCCACUUAUUACUCAUGACUUACGUUUGAAUUUUUUCUACAUCCAGCAUUAUUUUAUUUCCGAGUAAAGUUUUUGUAUAUUUAAUUUUUGGAAAUAUUUCAAUACAAAGUAAAAAUCUAAUUUUUUACCAUUUUCUUUGUAUAAUGGCUUUGCAUAAGUAUUUUUAUAGAUACAUGCAAUAAAGCUGUUUAAAAUCUUAAGCUUGCACAAGCCCUUAUGCUUAUUAAUUUAAUGAAAAUUAGAGGCAAAAUUUUGUAUGUGCCAUCGCUAGGUCAGUUAAGUUUAGGAGAAGUGAGAAGUCAUGACAAAUUAAUUCUUUACUCUAAAUAUUACGAGAUUAUUUGUAAGUCUACGUGUUGAGAGUACAGCUAAAGGGGAAGUGGCAUUUUUUUGUAUAUAUAGAACUUAACCAGGUUUCUCUUAACUUAGCGUCAUGGGAACCAAUAUUUUGUUUAUAAUUUUUGCAGCAAUUAUAGGUAUUUAUUUCCCCGACAGAGCUGUGUAUUUUGUAUUGAAUUAUUUUUGUUAAAAGCUGAAUAAACGUAUUAACAGAAAAU